AGUACAAAAUUUGUAAAUUUUUUUUUAAUAAAUUUUUAACCAAACACUCCCGUAAUCAUCAUUCACUUACGAGUCGUUGAGGCUUUUGCUUUCAUCUCGGGUCGUCCAUCCGUCACCGAGUCAAAACUCAAAAUAUGGAGUCUCAAACGAAAGAAUUGAAAAGGAACGACCUUCCUCUGGCUGCAAUUCGAAAUCCGUGCUUUCAAUGCUGUUCCUACUGAUCUGUCUUCCCUGCACAGUUUGCAGAGGCACAUUCCUUGCUGGUUAUCCUCCACACCCGACCCUUCGACGCUGACCCGCCAUCUCCCUGCCCGGUGCUCCUUUCAUCUUCAGCUUCCCAGAUCCCUCCCCUCCCACUUUCUAUCCGAUCCAUGCUCUUCUCUUCCUCCCCUUCCCCUUUAGUCCCUUCUCCUCUCUUUCCAAAUUAAACGACUCUGAUCGAAACCCGCCUCUCCGGAUGAAGGGUUCCGGUAAAUUAUUCACCGUCGGCCUCGUCUCCGCCUGGUACUCCUCCAACAUUGGGGUCCUCUUGCUCAACAAAUACCUGCUCAGCAACUAUGGCUUCAAGUACCCCAUCUUCCUCACCAUGUGCCACAUGACUGCUUGCUCCUUGUUCAGUUACGUUGCUAUAGCGUGGAUGAAGAUGGUGCCUGUGCAGACCAUUCGAUCCCGAUUCCAGUUCCUUAAGAUCUCAGCUCUCAGCCUCGUCUUCUGCGUGUCCGUUGUAUUUGGUAAUGUAUCGCUUCGUUACUUGCCUGUAUCCUUCAAUCAGGCGGUCGGGGCGACGACGCCAUUCUUCACUGCGGUUUUUGCUUACCUCAUGACCUUCAAGAGGGAGGCUUGGCUCACUUAUGUAACCCUUAUUCCUGUUGUUACUGGGGUCAUCAUUGCUAGCGGGGGCGAACCAAGUUUCCAUUUAUUUGGGUUCAUAAUAUGUGUUGCAGCUACAGCUGCACGGGCCCUAAAAUCAGUGUUACAAGGAAUUUUGCUUUCUUCUGAAGGAGAGAAACUGAAUUCUAUGAACCUUCUUCUUUACAUGGCUCCAAUGGCCGUUGUUUUCCUUCUUCCCGCGACACUUGUGAUGGAAGAAAAUGUUGUUGGCAUCACGGUGGCUCUUGCUAGAGAUGAUGUCAAGAUCGUUUGGUAUUUGCUAUUUAAUUCGGCACUUGCCUAUUUUGUCAACCUGACCAAUUUUUUGGUCACUAAACAUACGAGCGCUCUUACUCUUCAGGUUCUUGGGAACGCUAAAGGUGCUGUGGCGGUAGUGGUUUCAAUUAUGAUAUUUAGAAAUCCAGUCUCAAUUACUGGAAUGCUGGGUUACUCCCUUACAGUCCUUGGAGUUAUACUUUACAGUGAGGCCAAAAAGCGAAACAAGUGAUGUACGGAGAGACUGCUACAUCUUACAUUCGUUACAGCACCGAUUUCAUUAGGCAGAUUUGUCCAUCACCAUCAUACUAGUGAUCAGACAUCGGAGGUUUCUGACAUUUUCCCCAUUACAGGGAAAGCUUCAUUAAACGGUUUCCCAUUGUAUUAGCAUUUGAUCAGAGAUAGCCCGCAUACGAAAGUUCCAAUAAGCGAUUCAUGUCUGUCUAUAUUCUACAUACCCAUGCUGGGAUCAUAGAGGAAUGCCACUUUUUCUUAUAUUCUUUGAUGACAGAGCUAUAGAAUUGGGUCACUCGUCUGUUAACAUGUAUUUCAUUGGAUUUAGCUAAUGACAUAAUAUAUUUUUUCCCUCGCAACAGAA